CCUCCGCCGGCGCCUGAGGGCUUCGCGCCGCCAGCUGCGCGGUCUUCUGAUUUCUGAUGGUCAGUUCUACUCAGCGUUCGACUAGGACGCGAAUAGUACAUAACAUCUGUGUGGCGCACACCGCCGCACCACCAUCGCAGUUAAUGCUCACCAGACCACAGUGAAGUUGAGUAAUCAACUCGGCCAUCCUAGGUGCGUACCCUCCUUCGUCACUAACCAGCGCAUUUACCCCUCCAUUGCUAAUACACUAGCCCUUCUACUACAUCUAAUUUGAAUUGAUUCGACAGGCGUUGUACGAGUCUCAAACCGUGCAAGCUCGACCCGUGCGUCACGUCAGCCUUUCCGGACUCCCGCCAGCAUAUACAAGCGCGUUCUUUCGUAUCGCUACUCCAUCUCGCCCACUCCUCGCUCUACACUGCGAAGACUGAGUCGUGAACUUGCCCCCGCCAUGUCCACCAUUGAUCUCACUCCUCGCGGCCUACUGAACGGCGACAACAACUAUAUCUUGCAAGACCAGGGACUCUACGACUUGCUCAAAUACAUCUGGGCGGGUCUGAUCCUCCCCAGGUCGAACUGGGAAUACGCUGAACGCCUGCGCCUGCACGAGGAGACGUACUCCAACAUCGAGCCCGUCAUUACGCCUUUGAUUGCGGCCUAUAACACGACCAAGGAUCACUGCGUGACGUUCAAGGACACGACCUAUCCCAGUAUCACGGGUACUGCGGACGACAUCGUCAACUACGCGCAGACAGCCGCUGGUCACGGUCCCGAACCGUUCUUCGCGUACGCUAACCUUGUCGAGACCCUUCAACAGCUCGCAAGCACCGAGUCCCCCUCUGAGCAGGCGACUCUGAAGAAGACCAUCGGCAACAUCCUCGAUUUCCAUCUCACGUUCAUCAACACGAUCAUCUCGAAGUCUCAGACGGCGGUCAACAACCUCCGCGAAUUCGAGUCGGUGACCAUGACUGAUAGGCAGACGAUCCUGCUCUGCCAGGCGGCCGUAGUGAAGACGCUCGACAUGGACCUCGAGACGCUUGACACGCUGCAGCGCCACUUGGCGGAUUAUCGUCACGACAUCCAGGUCGAUGUACGCGACUACGAGAAAGACCUCAUCAGGGCGUCCAAAGCGCCCUCUUGGGAUGUGCUGGUAGUCUUCGGGCUAAGGCCGUCUGGAUUCUUCCGCAGGAUGGCUGACAGACUCAGCGAGGCCAUUCAAUAUUUCACGGGACUUGCCAACGUUGCCGACGUUCAGCUCGCAGAGGAGAGGUGCAUCGUCGCUGCCUUGGCCGCAACUGAAUCGGAUCUGACUUCUCUCCUUGGUGCCAUGAGCCCCGCGGUCACUAUGGUGCAGGAGAUGAUGGGCGCCUGGCAGGGCAUCUCUGAGGACCUAGCUUCUAUCAGUCAGGCUAUGGAAGAGGACAUCCAGGCUGUCAACGCGAUCGUUGCGCGCAUCAUCGAGGAGAAGAUUGCUGAGAAGUGGGAAACGUUGGCGGCAGCUGCGGAUCGGUUCCGACAGGCUUCCAACAUCACUGACGUGCAGCUGGAGACCCUGGACCAGAUGGAGAAGGAUAAACAGGGGACCAUUGUCUAGUCACAUAUCCGAGCGGCGAUGUUGAGUUCGCCUCCGAUCUACGCAGUUGACCUUUUCGACUCUGAAUGCUCCGAAAAUGUACUUGUAGUAUGUGUACCCGCGUAUGACUUCAAAGGAUAUUGUGAUGCGCUCCUUUCUGGGCACCGAAUUCACGCAAUAUUGGCGAAGACGAUAGGGCAAUCGAGCGUUCA